AUGGCCUCUGCCAGCACGGACGACACCAAGAUGGAUGCCGCUGACCCGGUUCCUGACGUUCCUCGCUCUGUCGAUACUGGGCCUCGUUCCGCCGAGACUGAGGUCGAGACCCCCGCCACAACAUCACCUGCCAACAAUGGCUCUGGCAAGUGGUGGCACGUCCGUCUCUUCCGUGGCAUGAUCAACGAUGUCCGUCGUCGAGCCCCCUACUACGGCACUGACUGGAAAGACGCCUGGGAUUACCGUGUUGUGCCUGCGACGGUGUACAUGUACUUUGCCAACACCGUCUACGACAUCAUGGAGCCCACUGGUGUCAACUACCUCGCCUUCAUGUGUUGGAUCGGUAUCUGGUCGCUCAUCCUCCACUGGAUUCUUGCCAUCACCAACUCGUGCAACUGGCUGCGAUGGGUGACCCGCUUCCCCUGUGACAUCUUUGGCUUCUACGUUGCCUUCAUCUAUCUGCAGAAGGGCAUCCAGGUGCUCGAGCGACUCCCCGACGGCCCUGGCUUCUACCUGUCCAUCGUUGCCGCCCUGCUCGUCUUCAUGGUCGCCUACAUCUGCGGCGAGCUCGGUACGAGCGCUCUCUUCCACCACCACAUCCGCGUCUUCCUCAAGGACUACGGCACACCCUUGACCCUCAUCUUCUUCACCGGUUUCGUCUACAUCGGACGCAUGUCUGAUGUCCACCUGGAGAGGCUACCCACCAGCGUCGCCUUCAUGCCGACGGCCGACCGCGACUGGCUCGUCGAUUUCUGGAACAUCAGCGUCGGCGACAUCUUCCUGGCGCUGCCCUUUGCCGUUCUUCUGACCAUCCUCUUCUGGUUCGACCACAAUGUCUCCUCGCUCAUCGCACAAGGCACCGAGUUUCCUCUUCGAAAGCCUCCUGGCUUUCACUGGGACUUCUUCCUGCUUGGCCUCGCCGUUGGUGUCGCCGGUAUCCUCGGCCUGCCCUUCCCCAACGGCCUCAUCCCGCAAGCCCCCUUCCACACCGAGGCUCUCACCGUCAAGAAGGCUCGCCCCGAAACAGACGAGAAAGGCAACCUUACGGGCUCCCACGUCGUCGAGCCGAGCCACGUCGUUGAGCAGCGCUUCUCAAACCUCGCGCAAGGCCUCCUCACGCUCGGCACCAUGACCGGCCCAUUGCUCGUCGUCCUCCACCUCAUCCCACAUGGCGUUCUUGCCGGCCUGUUCUUCGUCAUGGGCGUCCAAGCCCUCGAAGCCAACGGCAUCACAGCCAAACUCCUCUUUCUCGCUCGCGACCGAGCUCUCACGCCGCCGGCGCACCCACUGCGUCAGGUUCGCCGUCGCGUCAUCUGGAUCUUUGUCGGCAUUGAGCUGCUUGGCUUCGCCGUCACGUUCGCCAUCACGCAGACAGUCGCAGCCGUCGGCUUCCCCGUCUUCAUCAUGCUGCUCAUUCCGGUGAGGGCCCUGCUGCUGCCCAAGUGGUUCACGGUCCGGGAGCUCGCGGCCCUCGACGAGCCGACUGCCUCGCCGUUCAUCAUGGAGAACGUAGGAGGCGCAUACGGCGGACCAGCCGCUGAGACCGACGACAUGGAGAGGGCCGUGAGCGCCACGGCGGCGAGGAGGCCGAGCAGGAGAUACAGCGAGCAAGAACUGCGACAGCGGGACGGAGUGUUUGCUUCUCCUGGGGCUCCAAGACGCAGCGAGGAGGACGUCGCAGAACGGGGCAUGUUGACGAGCACGGCAACCAGGAGGAGCAGUCGCGGUGCGGCAAGCUCGAGGGCGGCGCUGAGCCGCGUCGGCUCGGGGGGUUCGAAGCACGAUUGA